AUGCUCGUGAACAGGGGCACAUCAAGUCUGACUUCCACAGCCUCGCGCCUUUCCACACCUUCCAUGCCUGCGAGGCACUCGUACUCUUCCGGGACCGACGCGACGUCCUUCACCUAUCGACUCGCAGCGGCAUCCGCCCCCAAACGAUCUCCUCCACCACGUCAGCCCCAGCACGGCAAGGACUACUGGAACUACGCGUCCACGCAUGUGAACCCUUCGCCACCAUAUCUGCGAUCCACCAAGCCAGAGUCUGGCGAGGAUGCCUUCUUCGCGACCACGAUCGGAGGUAGUCCACAUCAUGUAGCAUUCGGUCUAGCAGAUGGUGUGGGAGGAUGGCAAGAUCAGGGUGUUGAUCCGUCAGAGUACAGCCAAGCACUGUGCGGCCUCAUGGCAGGGUCGGCGAACAUACAUGAAGGAGUCGAAGAGGACCCGGUGAAGCCGCAGUCGCUCCUACAGAAGGCAUACGACGCUGUCAUGUCGAAUCCUCGCAUUGCAGCUGGAGGCUGUACUGCUAGCCUGGGCGUAGCGGACAAGACAGGCAACAUCGAAACAGCCAACUUGGGCGACUCAGGCUAUCUCAUCUUCAGCCCUGGCAAGGUGGCACACCGUUCAGAGGUGCAAACUCAUGCAUUCAACACGCCUUACCAAUUCUCCAAGGUUCCAGCCAAGAUGCAAGCACAGUACGCCAUCUUCGGUGGACAGACGCAUUUCAGUGAAACACCCAAUGAGGCUGAUGUCGACAAUCACCAGCUCAAACACGGCGACAUCGUUUUGUUUGCGACCGACGGUGUGUGGGACAAUCUCUCUGCCCAGGACACCCUACAAGUGGUAGCUCGGGUUAUGGAAGAAGGUGGAUACUGGUCCAAGUCGUCCAAAGGCGCAGAGACUAUGCUCAACCACUCUCUCAUACAAUCCUUGCCCCGAACGAUCGACAACAAGGUCAAGGACUCAUACCUGCCCGGACAGAUCGCUGCUGCAGUCAUGCGUGAAGCCAAGAUCGCUGGACUAGACAGACGACGAGAAGGACCUUUCGCGAAAGAGGUCAAAGCGCGGUAUCCUCAGGAAGGAUGGGAAGGCGGCAAGCCAGACGACAUCGCUGUUGUUGUGUGCAUCGCCGUUGAAGAGAGCUCGGGCGUCGACAAACUCAUCAAGGCCAAGCUGUAG